GAAUGUUUGGUUUACCAAAACGUAAAAAAUGGAAUUUUAAGCAAACAAAUUUAAUCAAAUUAAUAAUUUAAUUCAACCGAGAAAUUAUUUUUUUUAUUGAUGUCGCUAUGAAAUUCAGGUUAGAAUUAGCUUUAGAAAGGCAAAAGCGAUUAGAACGGAUAGAUGAAACGCGUAGAGAACGAGAGCAAAGAGUAGUAUCAAUGCAAGAAGAACGGGAAAAAAUGCGACAACAAAUCGCGCGAGAAAAGGCACGUGACCGAGAAGAACGCUUAUUGGCAUUACAAGCACAACAACAACAAACAACCGAAGAGCUACAACGCAAAAUCAUUCAAAAGCAACAAGAAUCGGCCCGUCGACACGAAGAGACUAUCGAACAUAUAAGACAACGUGCAUUGGAAUUGAGUAUGACAUUUCCAAGCCGAAAUAUGGACGAUACUAAUUCGAAUCGGAAUGACAACUCAGAUCAUACACUGAACGAUGAUCUGUCGUCAGUUGUUUCGGAUUUAUUAAUUGAAACAAAAUCAUCGAAAAAAAAGUUGAAAAGACUCCGUUCAAAAAUGUUGGCAGCCGCCGAUGAUUACAUGAAUAGCCUUGAACCGCCACCAAUAUAUAUGAAACGAGAUAGUGCAGUUCCAAAAAUAUUCGCUUUGAUUAAAAAAAAUGGAGGUAAACAAGGAAUGGAAAGACCGCUAGGUCAACUAUUGCGAACCAUUGCCAAGGCCGAAGUAUUUGAUUUCCAAUGUUUCUGGUUAAUGGAUGGACUGGGAUUGCUAGCUCAGAAUAUAAUAAAAUCUGCUCUCGAACCGAACCCAGAAAUAUCGAGGAAAGCGCUAAUAAUGGCGAUACAAAUUUAUCGUGAUGCAUGUUCACCUUGUAUACAGAUAGCUCGCCAUGCAAUUUUGGGAAAUUCCGUUGCUAUCUUAUUUGAUGUGUUACUUCAUAGUCUGCAGGUAAUAAACUAACAAGAAUCCACAUGUUGGAAAGCAAUAAAAUAUCGAUAAGUUUGAUCAGUCAUUUAAUUUAUACAAUGGCAUUUGAAUGUGAAUC